GAACUUUUGGAGCGAUAUAUGCACAAUGUCCUCGGCAAAGGGAUUAAGAGCUUCAGGAUUCGUAAUCUUUAGAAAAGUCUGUAAUCAAAUAGAAUACUUGUUGCUACAAACUUCAUACGGAAGUCAUCACUGGACACCACCAAAAGGACAUGUUGAUCCUGGGGAAUCAGACUUAGAAACUGCUCUAAGAGAAACCGAAGAAGAAACUGGUCUUACAAAGACUGAUCUGUGCAUUCUUGCAGAUUUUAAUAAAACAAUUCAAUAUGUUGUAAGAGGAAAACCUAAGACAGCUGUUUAUCUCCUCGCAGAAUUGAUCAAGCAUAACACACCAGUUAAGUUAUCAGAAGAACAUCAACGUUUUAAAUGGGCGCUAUUAGAUGAGGCAUGUGAACUGGUGGAACAUCAGUCAUUGCAAGAGGUACUGAAAGUAUGUAGUGCCUUCCUGCACCAAUACCACACAUAAGUAGCAAGUAUUCGCCUCCUAUACUCUGACCCACUAAAUCCAACCUUUCCUUGCUGACUCACAUCCUACUGUUCUCUUACAUCCCAUCACUGCAGAGCUCUUCAUAAAUUUUAGAUGUUUCCAGAAUGGGCAUAUGCAAACAGUAUGAAACUGAAUAAAGACAAGAGGUUUCCAGUAAAGUUCGUGAAUAGACUGCAGUAUCCUGCAUUUCCAGUGGCAACACAAGACAUUAAAAAUGGCAAGAUGGCAUAAGCUUUGGUGGUUCAUAUUUCAUCCAGCAUCUUUGGAUGCAUCAUGUGCUCACUUUUUUCAAUACUGAAGGUAACAUAAAUGAUUGUCUUUAAAUGACUCACACUGAUAUUCACUUGUAAGAUUUCACACACAGGAAUAUGGCGUUUGUUCAUUGUGAGAUUCUCAACUUUGUUAAUGUUCAUGUGAUUGACUGGUAUUUGUGACCAUAGCUGUCUUUGAGUGCAGCACACAAAGCAACUCCUGUUAUUUUGGCAGUAAAAAAAAAAAGAGGCUAUUCUUGUAACAUGCUGUGGAGGCCAGUGAGACAUCAAGGCUCCCACAUUUUCUAGACAGUUGGGUGAGAUGGCCCUUUAACUCCAGGAUGAUUCUUGGUACUCAUUUCUGUUAGAGGCCAAGCGACCCUAGGGCCACAGUAUAGCUGGAAGGAUUAGGUCAGUUGAAAAAUACAGUGACCUCAUGGGGAAUCAAACCCAUGACCUUCUGGCUGCAUCCUGAAUUACGAGUAUAGUGCUCCACCUCACUAGUUUCUAUAGACACAAAGUGCAAUAUGACCAAGAACAUGUCCAUAAUUACAGUUAAUGUGUGGAGGAGAGACAUGCAAUGACUGUGAAAAACUGGCAUUGACCUACAGUUGUUCACAUGAAACAAUGAAAAUUCUGAAUCAGAAUUCAACCAUUUAUGGAAUAUGGCUGAGAGAUAAUGGGAAGCAGUUACUCUAAUGACUGCUGUUUGUCUUAUUAUGGUAGCAUUUUUUACUGCACUUGUAUCUUUACUUUCUGGAUAUCCCCUCUUUUUUUUUAAGACAGGCAAGUGUUCUGCUUUAUAUUAUGCUCACACAGCAAAUCUGUACUGUAUGAAUAAAUAUGAUUCCAAUCUUGUCA